UUACUCUUUAUCUUUACUUGUCAGUUUGAUGGUAUUGAAAGUAAACAAGCUUGCUGAAAUUUUCUAGAAAAAUUAGGAAAACAAACAAAUUGCAAUUCUUUUGAAUCAUAUCUUCACACUUAGUAGGUGUCAUUCCAUUGUGGUAAAAGUGAAUUUUUGAGUUAUAAUCAUGGCUCACUACAAAGGGGCUGCAUCGGAAGCUGGCAGAGCCAUGCAUCUGAUGAAGAAAAGAGAGAAAGCUCAGCAAGAAAUAGAACUUCGAAAAAAGAAGAUUGAAGAAGACUUAAAAAUUGACAAUAUAGAGAAUAAGUUUGCUACACAUUAUGAUGCUGUAGAGCAGCAAUUAAAAAGUUCCACAAUUGGGCUUGUUACUUUAGAUGAGAUGAAAGCUAAACAAGAACACAUAGUUCGAGAAAGAGAAAAGAAACUGGCUCAAAAGAAAGCAGAGAAAGAAAAGGAAAGACAAAAAGAAAUUGAAGCCAAACAAGCUCAGAAAAAUAAACAGAAACGUCAGAUACAAGCACUUUCGUUUGAUUUAGAUGAGGAAGAAGAUGAAGAUGAAGCAGACAAGCCAGAGAAGGAUUGGCGGGAACAAGAGGAAGUGCCCCUAAAAAAAAUCCGCAAGAAUCCCGAUGUAGAUACAUCCUUUCUACCCGAUAGAGAUAGGGAGGAAGCAGAUUUAAAGUUACGAGAGGAGUUAAGGCUGGAGUGGGUAAUGACACAGGCAAGUCUCAAAGAUGAACCCAUCACUGUAACCUUCAGUUAUUGGGACGGAUCUGGACAUAGGAAAAAUGUAACACUUAAGAAAGGCAAUUCAAUUUACCAGUUUCUCCAAAGAUGCCUUGACACAUUGAGACCUGAAUUCAGUGAAUUAAAGACUGUAUCCGCUGAUCAGUUGAUGUAUGUAAAAGAAGAUCUUAUUCUGCCACAUCAUUAUACAUUUUACGACUUCAUAGUAACCAAGGCAAGAGGUAAAAGUGGACCUUUAUUUCAAUUUGAUGCAUCAGAUGAUGUUAGAUUGGUAAAUGACGCGACACAAGAAAAACAGGAUUCUCAUGCUGGAAAAGUUCUGUUGCGGUCAUGGUAUGAGAGGAAUAAACACAUAUUCCCUGCAUCAAGAUGGGAACCAUACGAUCCAACGAAAACUUAUUCUAAGUACACAAUUAAAGGAAAAUGAUUAAUCUCUAAAACACUUUAUUGA